AAGAGUGCGGAAAUUUUGUUCGCAGAUUUCUGAGAAUUUCCUGGUACAAAACCCAGCUCUUUUCUUAGCCAAAAAAACCCAGCUCUCUUCUUCAUGCAUACAUGCAAGAGAGCUAAUUGGUGGGUGGAGGAAACGAAGUUUGCUUGGUUUCUCUCAGCCCACUUCUUUCUUCCGUUAAAAACCCAACACACUGCACUUUACUGCAUUCAAUUUCCAACCCAGCUACAGAUUCUCACAUAGUUGACUGUACCAUUUUACUUCCUCUUUCUUUAAUCGCCCUUUAAACCCAGUUUCCUUCUCUGUUUUUUUCCUAGUUAAGAGCUUCAAUCAAAUGCUCUGAUGCCCAAUUUUCCAGAACACUUAUUUUUCAUGUGGGUUCCAAGUUCCUACCAAUUGCAAUUUCGCAGACAAGCAUAGCCGGCCAAAAAAACACCAAACCCAGCUGUGUUUUUGUAUUUCAGGUUUGAAAUGGCUAGCUGUUCAGAAGAAAUGGAUAAAGCCAUUGCAAAAUUGCAUCAAAACUUUCAGGACCUAAGGUACCACCUUGAGAAGGCAUUCUUAGAGCAGGGCAGAGCCUUGUUGAAAUUUGAAGCUCAAUGGAAUGAUCUUAAGAAAGAGCACAAGAAAGGUCUUGAGCAGCAUGAGGUCAACCUGCAGCAAAUGGGUAUCUCAGUGCCAUCAAUUGGGACAGGACACUUUGCUACUGCAAAUCCGAAUGCCGCCUUGUGGAGCAACACCACUGCUUGGGCUUCUGGAAAUGGUACUCCGACUGCUUGGGCUUCUGGAAAUGGUACUCCAACUUCUCGGGCAUCUGGAAAUGGUACUCCAAAACUUCAUUGUGACAUAUGCAAUGUUUAUUGCGACACCAAGGAGGUACUUGAUAAGCAUAAAUUGGGAAAAAAGCACAAGAUGAACAUGGAUAAGUUGAAAGGCAAAAAACCCAUCCCUGGACAAACUAGUAAGAGGAAAGCUGCUUAUCAACCUGUAGAGGAUUUGGAAACUAAGAGAAGGAAGGUUCUUGAAAGUGGGGCAGCACCCCAUACUUUAAGGACUUGUGCUAUAUGUAAUGUGGUCUGUCUUAGUGAGACAGAUUUCAAUAAUCAUCGUGCGGGGCAGAGGCAUGCCGAUGCUGUUGUUGCUAUGGUGAAGAAGCAUGCAGCUGGAACAAGUAGCCACCACCAGCCGGAAAGGAGAUUUUAUGGUGGAAAUCAAUAACUUGCAGUACUGCAGUGAGGCUGUGAGCAUCUAUAUUGAUAUUAAACUCCGAAUAAUGUAUGUUUCUGUUCUUAUACCAAAAAACAUUUGUUUAUGUACUUCUUUAACUAAUUGAUUGGAAGGUCUUGAAUGUCAACCCAUUGAAACAAAAA